GUACUUGCACUCGCACCACACAUUUUGGAAUCUGCUAGCUAGCUAGCUAGCUGGCUCCAUUCGUGGAGUCUGAGGAAUUCAUUUAUCUUCUGCCAAAGUGUGUCAUGUAAAGAUGGACUGAAGUUUGACAAGAUAUUGCAUGUAGGCCUAUGAAACGCAGAUAGCUGAUCCCCCGCGGUUGUGCUUUCAAUUGUCUCUCUCAUGCUACUGUGCAGUCAGGCUUGAUGUCAAUUUCUGGGAAAGUAGCCUACUGUUACAGUGGAACAUUGUCUGAGUGUUGUAGCUAGCUAGAUAACUGUCUCAAUGAGGACAGUUGGAGCACUGCAGAGGUUUAGCAGAGUCCUUGUCUGCCCUUGUCCACCACCAUCAUCUGGUAAGAGCAAUUUUUCUAUUUCAACCUUACUAGUUAUGGAUAUCUCUCAUGUUGUCAAUAUUAUUGUCAACAUUGGAGUUGUAUCCAUAACGUUAGUCAUUUCAGUCUAUGUCUAGUUUCUAUCAGAAAGCUGUAUCUAAUGUGCUCUAAUGUUAACUUCUUCUUUAUAGUUAGAUCAUGGAGCAUGGCACAGAUCAGGAGUUGCUCCAGGAGCUCAGCAGAGAAACCAAUGCCAAGAAACUCAAUGCUCAGACACCUAACCUCCAAGAUCAAAGCUACAGGUCCUAUCUCAGUGGCAGAGUACAUGAGAGAGGUUCUCACUAACCCAGUCACGGUAGGUAACUACCACCUGAUCAAAUCACACACACACACACACACACACACACACACACACACACACACACACACACACACACACACACACACACACACACACUACAGUAAAGAAACCAGUCAGACAAUGCCACUAUUCUUUAAAGACAUUUUUGUUUCAGAGAUUAAGUGGUCUGUUUAUUUUUCAGGGCUAUUAUGUGCAGAAUGAUAUGCUUGGGCCAGAUGGAGAUUUCAUCACAUCGCCAGAAAUUAGUCAGAUCUUUGGGGAGGUAAGCAUUUUCAUUAGAACCACAUUUCAAUUAAUAUUAAUCAAUACAUGUAUGUAUUGCUGUGUCGUAGAUGUAUGCAUAUACAUGCUUGAUCAACAGUCUUUUGAUGUUCUAGUUUCUUGAUGUUCCAUACCAAUGCCCUGAGUGAUGAUGAUGGUUUCAGCUUAUCCUUUCUCUGCCUGUAGCUGCUGGGGAUCUGGUGUUUAAGCGAGUGGAUGGGAGCAGGGAAGCCCAGUCACUUCCAGUUAGUGGAGUUUGGACCAGGAAGAGGCUCCUUGGCCAAUGACAUUCUCAGAGUAUGUAUGCCUAGUGCUGCUAUGUCCUACUACAAAUGCUUUGUAUACAGACAGUAUUCAUGUGAGUUCAAUAUAUGACCAGUGGAGGGAGCAAUUUCCACAUAUAAUCCAUCGAACUAAUAAGCUAAACUGCUAAGCCAUCCACUGUCUGUCUGUCUGCUUGUGUUGUCCAGGUCUUCAGUCAGCUGCGUGGGGCCCUGGGUGGGACUGCAGUCUCAGUGCACCUGGUGGAGGUGAGUUCUAAACUGAGCCAGGUCCAGGCCCAGGCUCUGACGAGGGACCAGAGCCAGGUGUCGGCCAGAGAGGAUGAGCCUGUGUACCGCCAGGGGACCACCACCACAGGCCUCCCCAUCUCCUGGUACCGCAACCUGGAUGACGUCCCCAGAGGUAAUAAUCUAUAGUUCUAAAUUAGAUAAUUGUAGUUAAUCUUAGUUUAAUUAAUCUCAUGUUGAAUUACGUCCCCAGAGGUAGACAUAGGAUAGAACCUUGGCUGCAGACUAAUGAUGUAUGCUCUAAUAAUUUAAAGUUUAGCUAUGGUAAGAUUUUAAUUAAUAGAAUUUACUGGGUGUGAAUUUGUUAUUGAUUGGCUUUUUUUUUUUUUUUUUACAGGCUUCAGCAUCUACCUUGCUCAUGAGUUCUUUGAUGCCUUACCCAUCCAUAAAUUCCAGGUAAAUUUACUCGACCAGCUAUUUGGAUUAUACAUAUAGAUCUUGAUAGCAGAUCACAAAUAAUUGAAAAACAUGAAUUGUAAGUGCCAUUUGAUCCGUUGUGUUGGGAAGCCCAGUCACUGAUUGUGAUGUGGGCACAGAGAACAGAGAAGGGCUGGAGGGAGGUGAUGGUGGAUAUUGACCCAGAUGAGCCAGGCAAGCUGAGGUUUGUCAUAGUGCCAGCACCCACUCUGGCCUCUACUCAGCUCAUACAGGUGAGUGCUGCGUUUUGUUGCUUUAAGGUCCAAUGCAGCCGUUUUUAACUCAAUAUCAAAUCAUUUCUGGGUAACAAUUAAGUACCUUACUGUGAUUGUUUUUAAAUUAAAAUGGUGAAAAAUAAACCAAAAUGCUUCUUAAGAAACAGCAAUUUCUAAAGCAAGAAGCAAGCUAGAAAGCUAGGACUGUCUGGGAGUGGUCUGACUGGGGAGGGGAUGUUACCAGGCACGCCAAAACUCCAUCCCACCAAAACAGGCUGAAAUUUCAGGUGGUCUUUUCAAACAGCUCUUACACGAAAAGUGCCUUCUCAUCAAUUUCACAGUAUUAUUCCAAACUCAUAGUGUGGAAAUGUACACUAAGUGUACAAAACAUUAAGAAUACCUUCCUAAUAUUGAGUUGCACCCCCCCCCCCCUUUUGCCCUCAGACCAGCCUCAAUUCAUCAGGGGCAUGGACUGUACAAGGUGUCGAAAGUAUUCCACAUUGAUGCUGGCCCAUGUUGACUCCAAUGCUUCCCACAGUUGUGUCAAGUUGGCUGGAUGUCCUUGGGGUGGUGGACCAUUCUUGAUACACAGGAAAAUGUUGAGCGUGAAAAAAACAGCAGCGUUGCAGUUCUUGACACAAACCGAUGUGCCUACUACCAUACCCUGUUAAAAGGCACUUCAAUAUUUGUUCUUUCCCAUUCACCCUCUGAAUGGCACACAUUCACAAUCCAUGCCUCAAUUGUCUCAAGGCUUAAAAAUCCUUCUGUAACCUUUCUCCUCCCCUUCAUCUACACUGAUUUGAAGUGGAUUUAACAAGUGAGAUCAAUAAGGGAUCAUAGCUUUCACCUGGUCUUUCUGUAAUGGAAAGAGCAGGUGUUUUUAAUGUUUUGAACACGCAGUGUAUAUAAAUCACAGGAAAAUCACAUUUUUUAUUCAGUUUUUCUUGUGUUUUGUAUCAUAUUGUACAACAGCUGAUGAAACUGACACUGUAAAAGUGUGAAGAAAUGUGAUCAAUGUUAUUUCCUGAUAGUUGCUGGUUGAAAAUACAAUUUACGCUGGACUGUCUAAUCAGCAGGUUUUGCAUGGGUGUGGUUUUGGCUUGCCUGGUGACAUCACUAGGCGGUAUAAGUUAAUAGACCAAUAAAAGAGAGUUCCAAACCUCUCUGCCAAUAACAGCUAGUUUUUUGACCCAGAAAUUAUUUUAUAUUGAGAUAAAAACGGCUGCAUUGGGCCUUUAACUUAAAAAAAAAAAAAAAAGUAGUUCAAUAUCUUUGCUAAAGCCUUUGUUUUAUUGUACAUAGACAAAAAUACCCUGAAAUUGCUCGACAAACUCCUUUUUCCUUAAGAGUUUGACGACUCUCCAGCAUCUGUCUUUUAUUACCGAUGUUUAUGCAAUAUAUACAGUACCAACCUAUUUCAUCUGGUCUCUCUGGAAGAGUGCAGGGGCUUUGAACAGGGUGCCAAAACCUGACAUCAUGAGUGAGCUUGGGUGAAACCCCCUUACUGGUUUUAAAUCCUGACUAAUGGCUGCAGCUCCGCCUUACAGGCCUGUGUAUCUCAGGUUCCACAUAUUGUAGUAGAGUUGAUUAACCUUAACGCUGUUCUCUCUGCGCUCGCUAAUUAAAAGCCAUACAUACUCUGCUCUGCUCUUUCAUCACUGUGGUCUAAUGGGGUUUCUAUUAGAAGUAGAUAAGCCUAAAGGUUUUAAUACUCCGCUUGAGUCUCUUUUUCCCCUCAACACGUGUUCCCCGAUAGUCUAAGGGUGUGUCCCCGGGCCCUGGUCAAAAGUAGUGCACUAUAUAGAGAAUAGGGUGCCAUUUGGGAUGCUUCUGAUCCCACCCAGGCAAGCCCCUCUUUUUGGUUCUGUGUUGCCUAGGGGCUUGGAGCCGGUGCUGCUUAGUGGAGAUGAUUUGGAAGUGAAGCCAUGUAUGAUUGAUGAUGUGUGCUCAGGCCUCUGUGUGUUGGCCUGAGCUUCACACAGACGAGGUAAGCAGAGCCGCUCUUGUUUUUGUUCUGAAACCCCCUCACCUCCUAGGCAGAUGAAGUGAGACGGCUCGUGGAGGUCUGCCCGGAGGGAGGGAUCAUCAUCCAGCACCUGGCCAAUCGGAUCGCAGAGGACGGGGGCGCGGCACUGAUUGCAGACUACGGGCAUGGCGGGACCAAGACGGACACGUUCAGAGUGAGUGCCAUCAUGUCUCCAACAUGGCCCGUUUACACGGCCCGUUUAUCAGCAGGUUUUAAUACGGUCUCUGUUUGUGUGUGUCUCUGACUUAGUGUGUAUGGUAACGUGAUUAGCCGAACAAGCCUCAGCUACAAGGAAACCGACGCAGGAAGCCGGCAUGCCUCUCUUGCCCUUUGCUGGUGACACACGGAAAUCAGGGUCAACUGCCCUCCAGUCCUGGUCCUCGUGCUCCCCCCUAACCCAGCCCCAUCUGGCCCCUAUCAAGCGGGGUGGGCUCUCCCUGCAUGGCUCUCUGGCUCUGGGACUCACUAAUGUGUGUGAUGAAAGGGGGGGGAGAGAUUCAAACAAGCGGCCCCCUCCUUCUAAAGACACGUGGCAGGGAACCGCACAAUCCCAUCUGUGAACAAAGCAUCCAUGGUUCAGGAUGGCUCACACUUAUGUCACGAGUCACUACAUGAAGAUAUUAUCAGCUGUUGCUCAUGAAAGGAAGCACCUGAUUUGGAAUAAAAAAAAGGGAAAUAUUUAACAACUAACAAAUGAAGUCAAAUGAAAAUGUCACAAUGCACAAAUAACAAACUGUAGCAGUCAGUUGUAGUCAUGCGUCAUGUUGUCUACUGUUUCUGUCAUAACACCAGAAUGCCUCUCCUGUCCCCCACCCCCAGGGUUUCAAAGAUCAUAAGCUCCAUGAUGUCCUAGCUUCCCCUGGCUCUGCUGACCUGACUGCUGACGUGGACUUCAGUUACCUGAGGAAGAUGGCUGGAGCUACGGUGGCCUGCAUGGGCCCUGUCUCUCAGAGAGACUUCCUGAAAAAUAUGGGCAUCGAUACACGCUUACAGGUGGGAAGGAACCCUGUGUUCACACUGCAUUAUUCCACUUAUUUAUACAUGUGGCUAAGGUGACCAAUGUAUACUGAACAAAUAUAUAAACACAACAUGUAAAGUGUUGGUCCCAUGUUUCAUGAGCUGAAAUAAAAGAUCCCAGAAAUUUUCCAUAUGCACAAAAAACUUGUGAGCAUUUCAUACUUGGGUGAUUCCUGACAAAACCAGGACAAAAAAAAUGUAUUUUUUUGUCCUGGUUUCGUGACGAAUACACCAACUUAUGAGUUUGCAUCAGUUUCUUUCAAAGCAAUACGUUAAGUGGACACUCAUGGUUUUCAACUGGCUGAUCGGGGCUUUCAAGAGCACUUGGGAUAAAUGUUUUACUUUGCUCUCUUUACUCAUUUAGCGUUGUCUAAUUGCAAUGUUUGGUUUCUCUUCAGGUUCUACUGAGGAACUGUGCAGACCCGUCUAUAAAGGCCCAGCUGAUCCAGAGCUAUGACAUGCUGACCAACCCCCAGAAGAUGGGUGAGAGGUUUCAGUUCUUCACCAUGCUCAACCACAGUCGCCUCACCAGACCCGAGCCUGAGCAGUCCGAGGGGGGGGAGAAGAAGGCCCCAGCGCCCCUGCCUGUGGCUGGCUUCAGUGAGCUUGGCCUCUCGUGAAAAGCGGAGCCAGAGACUCAUCAUGGGUUCCUCCAGAGACUGCACUGCAGAGGCUGUGAGUGUGAACUCACCUGUGAAGGCACUUAAAAGUCGCAUCCAUGAAUAUAGUACUAUACCUUGAUUAUAUAGACAAUACCUUCAUAAGCAGUAGGGUUUGGUUUGAAAAGUUGAGCUUAUGUGCUAAUAAAAUCCUAAGAAUUAUGCACAGAACCUCUCUGAUGGCAACUGACGUCUUUCUUUAUCAUAUAUAUAUUCAUUAAAGCAACGUGUAAUUCAGAGUGGUACGGAAUGGAACUUUGCUCAGUCAGAAGAAUGUCACCCCAGGUCAUAGUGUUUGAAGCUAUAGGAAUACGGCUCCACUCUGCUCCUGUCUUUUGGAUGGAAACCAUUAAUGGGCCACGUGGUGCCUGGCUGCCUUCACAUCUUGAACCAAUUGGGUGAGCGUGGAGUUAGUAGAUAGCAGCCACGUCCCAAAUG